AUGUUCCAAAAGAGUACGCUGGAAAAUGGGAUGCGGGUGGUGACGAGCGAGAUGCUGCAUACUCGAUCGGUGAGUAUGUGCAUGUUCGUGGGAGUUGGCUCGCGGUAUGAGACGGACGAAGAGGCGGGGCUGUCGCACUUUCUUGAGCACAUGGUGUUCAAGGGGACGGCGAAGCGUCCUGAACCGCAGCAGAUAAGCGCUGCGAUAGAAGGCGUGGGUGGCGUGAUAAACGCGGCUACCGAGCAUGAGUUGACGGUCUAUUGGUGCAAGGUGGCGCAGCCGUACUUCGAGGACAGCCUUGCGCUGCUGUUCGACCUCUUUCGCAACUCGCUGUAUGAGCCGGAUUCCAUCGAGAAGGAGCGGCAUGUCAUCUUCGAGGAAUUGGGGAUGAUAAACGAUUAUCCUAGCUACAAGGUGGAGGCGCUGAUCGACGAAAUGCUGUGGCCCGGGCAUCCGCUAGGGCGCGACAUCGGGGGGACGCGUGAGAGCGUUGGCGGCAUAACCCGCGAGAUGAUUCUGGACUUUGUGUCGGCGUACUACACACCGGACAACAUAGUGGUGAGCGUGGCGGGGAAUGUUUCGCAUGAGGAUGUAGUGGCACACGUGGAGCGGCUGAGCGAGGGCUGGGAGGUUGGUGGGCGCAAUGAGUGGACGCCCUAUCUGGGAAGUCAGAGCGAGGCUCAGUCACAUGUGGAGUAUCGCAAGACGGAGCAGGCGCAUCUGUCGGUCGCGCUGCCGGGAGUAUCGCUGACACAUCCGCAGCGGUAUGCGCUCGACCUUCUGAGUGUGGCGCUGGGCGAGGGCAUGAGCAGCUCGCCUGUUCGUGGAGGUGCGCGAGAAGCGAGGCUUGCCUACGAUGUCCACAGCGAGGUUAGCCACUUCUCGGACACUGGGGCGAUUAUCGUGUCUGCGGGCGUGGACCCGAAGCGCGUGUAUGACGCCGUUCAGACGAUACUUGAGCAGGUGGCCGCGAUGCGCGACGCCGUGCCGGAGGAAGAGCUGGAGAAGGCGAAGCAUCUGAGCGGCGGCAGGCUGAUGCUGCGAAUGGAGGACACGCGCGCGGUCGCCAUCUGGAUGGGACAGUCGGAGAUGCUGCUGGGGCAUAUCGCGGAUGUUGACGAUGUGAUCGAGGAAGUGAACGCGGUGACGACCGAUGAUGUGCGAAGUCUUGCCAACGAUUUGCUGGUUACGGAGAAACUGAACAUCGCGGUUGUAGGGCCUUGCCGGGGGCAUCAGCGGGUACGGCGGCAUGCUGGACACAUAUGUCUUUCAGCUGUCAUGUGCUGUCGAGCGGUCCGACAGGCUCACGAGGAACGGGUGAGGCAUUUCUUCGAGUCUCGUCAUUCCCGCGAAGGCGGGAAUCCAGAGAAUCUAUGA